AUGGUGGUGAAUUCGAUGGUGGUACAGCGAUGUGGGUUCCAAGUUGAGUGUUUCAAUGGGUUUCCACUUUUAUGGAGCUAUGGGAAGUGUUUAAAUCCUGAAAUUGAUGAUGGCCAUUAUUCCAGUUCUUUUUUAGGAAUUUGGAAAACUUUAGAUAGAACCUAUCAACACACUCGUACUCUCUCAAAUAUUAAUUUACCUCCUUUCAGCAAAAUUCUCCUUACAUACGUUUUUUUCAACAUCCAAAUGUCCGAAAGUUCAAGGUCUCGGGUGACAAUCACCCUCGGCCGCAGUGGUCAGGUAGUGAAAAGGGCAGGGGAUGCAUUAAGCAGUUCUUUUAUUGAUUCAGAGGGAACAAUUGGACGCAAACGAUCAGUUAGAGAUAGGUUAGGAAGUGAUUCUGAUUCAUUUGGUCAAUUUAACAGUAAACGACAGCGGAGAGAUGGUAGUGCUGCCAAUGGUAUUGAUGACAUUCGUUUAAGUAAAGGUGAUCUCCGGUUCAAAAUCCUGCAAAAAAGUAAACUGAAACGACAAAAUGCCGAGCAGAGUGGGACGGACCUUCGAAACAUUCUGUCAAGGCCUGCUCAAUCUUCAACGAAUAGCCUAGGUUCGCGGGCAAGGGUGCCUGAGCCAAAGGAGAUGAGGCUGCAGCAUACAGAUCCUCGGGAUGUAAGACAACAUUUUCCAGAGACACGGGAUGGUAGGCAGCUAAUGACUAUGACCAGGGAUUCUAGACAGAGCAUCCGUGACUACAGAGAACAGAACAUACCUGAACCUAGGGAACAACGCAUACCUGACCCCAGGCAGAAGCGCAUGCCUGAAUUCAGGGAAGCUAGGCAAAGCUUUCCUGAGCUAAAGGAUGUUAGUCGUCGUAUGCCCGAACCAAGUCGUUCUAGUAUAUUGGGGCCCAUUCAAGGCUCAAGAACUGCAAGUGCUGCGACCAAGGUGGAUUCGGUGAUUAAUUCUUAUUCUCCCUGGACUGUAGAUCGUUUAAGACGGAGAUCGCCAGAUGAAACUUUGACUAGUUCUAGAGGUCUGUCACCAACCAGGAGAGAUGGAGGAUUACUGAGAAAGCUUCCAGCGAAGUCCAUGGCACCAGUAGCUGCCCCACUUCUUCCUGGCAGUCUUUUACAGAAAAGCUCAUAUGUGGUUGACGAUCAACUUACGGUUGACAGCUUUUUGCAGUCACUUGGCCUCGAAAAAUAUGCCAUACACUUUAAGGCUGAGGAAGUGGACAUGUAUGCUUUGAGGCAGAUGGGUGACAUUGACCUUAAAGACUUGGGAAUACCUAUGGGGCCAAGGAAAAAGAUCCUGCUAUCCUUGCCACCUCUUUCCAAACGACAAGCAUGA